AUGGAAUCCGAUGUCGGAUUAGUUCACCUGGGUAGUGAUAAACAAAAUCUUAAUGAAAUUUUCUCGGUGAUUCUGGUUCAAAUACAAAAUUUAAGAGAUCGAUUAACACAAUACGAAUCAAAAACUCAAUCUCAAGAAUUACGUAUUGAAACCCUGGAACUAAAUCAACAAAUGCAAGAUACAAAUAUUAAAGCAUUUGAUAUAGCAAGAUUAUUUCGAUUCUAUUUCCUCGACAAGAUUAUCAAACAAGUGUACCCAACAAUGGGCACGUGGUCCAAAUUUACAAAUGAGUGGUCUUUUCGUGAACAAAAAGUUAUGGAAUUAUUGCAAAUUGACAGGAAAUGUGUUGACCCGAAAGAAGAUUUAAAUGUGCAAAACCAUCCACGUGUACGAACUUUCAUUGAACCGAUUGAAGCUAAAUUAAAACAAACGACCAACUUGGAAUUGAAAUUAAUUGAUUUACGUAAAAUGGCGAGUGAUCGACUCAGUAUGGGCAUCAGCCUAUCCGAUCGAUUUUGUUCACAAAUUUUACCUAAAAUUCAUCAUCAUAUCGAAUGGCUUAAUGUUGAAUCGCCAUCAAUGGCACGUAUUCUUCUUUCCACCAAUUAUCCUAAUUUAUAUGAACUUGGUUUAUAUAAUCUUGAACAAGAAAUGACAGAACAUCUCUUUUCCGAUCACAUACUUUUAUUGCAUACAUUUAAAAGUCAAAUCUUAUCACUUGUUGUCAAUAUGAGUCCAAAUGACAAGCCAAAUAAAACAGAAAGUAUAAACAGAAUUAUAUUUACAAAUAUCUUUAAUAUGUUCAUCAAUUUGCAGCGUUUAAAUUUUGUUUCAUCUUCCAUUUGGUAUCAAAUGUUAUCAUUUCAUAAUUCUCCUCCAACUAUUUUCUCGGCAAAUCUAUUAGAAUUGCAUGUCAGUUUGGAGAAUUUCAUUGAUUGUCUUUAUUUAGUUGAUGGACGUUUCAAUCAACUUCGUACACUUCAUGUUAAUAUUAAUAAAAUUACUCGUUCGCAGUUAAUCGAAAAUAAAGGAAAACUCCUUAAUUUAAGAUGCUUUGUGCUAUACUGUGAUCUGUUUCGAAAUGCAUAUGAUGAAUUAAUUGUGCCGCUUCUAGAUCGAAUGUUAAAUUUAGAAGAACUCAGUUUGACUUUUGAAAUCGUUGGUAGAAACAAAUUUAUUGAUGGAAACAAUUUGAAGGACAUUAUUGAUCAUAUGGUACANUGUUGA